ACGAAGACAUAUUUCCAAGAAAAAAUAUCAACAGUGAGAUUAAUAAAUUUUCGAAAAAAGAAAAAGGUUAGAGAGAGUGAAAUCUGUCUAUAUAAUUUAUAAAAAACAAAAAGAAAGAAAAGAAAAUCAUUCAAGUAGAAAGAGCUCUUUUCUUCAAAAUUGAAAACAAGACAGUGAAAUUGCUGUUGAAAAGCAAAAAAAAAAUGUUUAGCAGAACCAACUCCAACGAUGAAGGGGAAAAGGAAAACGGUAAGAACCCUAAUGAUGUUCAAUCAAUGCAAAUCACCCUCAAAGUGAAAGGCCAGGAUGACUGUGAACUGUCGUUUAAGAUGAAGAGAACUGCCCCUCUUGAGGUUCUUAUGAAGCGUUAUUGUGAAGAAAUGUAUUUGGACAUCAAAUCUCUUGUCUUCCUUUACGAUGGUCGCUACGUUAAACCCUUCCACACUCCAGAAAAGUUGGGAAUGGAAGAGGAUGACCUAAUCGAUGCAAUGCUCCACAUGAAUGGAGGUGCUAUCAUUUAGAGCAAAAUUUAUUUGUUGUAAUAAAGCUAAGCUAUGCUAAUGUUGUGGAGUCUCUUGUGUGCUUAUUCUACCUGUUUGAAAUUAUGUAGGGUUUCCCCCCAACUAUAUAGUUUUACAAUUGCUGUUAUUUGUAUAAUUUCUAAUCUACUUAUUUCUUUUUAACAUUACA